CCGCACCCAAAACUUGAUUGUAAAUGAAACAGCCGAGUAGUUCAGCUGUGCAUGCAGUGUAGAUAUUGCCACUCACAACUUGUGCAUCACCGAACAGGUGUUACAGUUAUUAUUUGUUAAUAGGCGCGCGUGUGUGUUCCCCUAAUGUGUGGAAAUGCCACUCCUCCGGGGGGUCAAAUGAAAUAUGUAUGACGAAUUCUUUGAUUUAAAAGCGAGCCCGUCACGGGUGCGUACAAGCGCUGGUGGUGGUUGGUGGUGGCGUCACUCGUCCGUCCCCUGUACCCUGCUGCUGCUGCUCCUGGUAUAAGUGCCCGCGCCUCCCCGCGCCUUGCGCUCUUUGAAUCCACGCUGCAAGCUUGCCGAGACGCGAUUUCGCGUGAAGGAAGAGGGCUCACAAAUCGCGACCAUCAAACGACAAGUUUCGACUCUCUCCCCCCCCUACCCACCCACCAUUCACAACGUGGAAAGGAAGGAGGCUCCUUCGAACCUGCCCGCGACCAUGAAAACCACCAGCCUUCUCGUCCUCGCCGCGGCCUCUCUGCUCGUGCUCAUCCGCGCCCCGGAGGCGGCGGGCCGCUCCCUGCAGGAGCCGUGGCCCCCGGGGCUCCCGGAGAGCGACUCGGCGCGACUCCUCGAGUUGCUUGAGCCCAGGUCUCAGCAGGGCGAGAGCCCGAGCCACAUCGACACCUCACAGGUGACCUACUUGUCCCUGCACGACCACCUGCUGCGCCUGCUCAGUCGCAUGAAGUAUCAUCGCGAGACGAUGGCCGGCGGCGUCCUUCCGAAGGCCGACGACGACGACAACGAGCAUCGGAUGGGAGAGAUUCUACGGCGCGUGGGCCAAGUCCUCGCCGCGGGAGAGGUGGCGAACCUGGGCGCUGGUGGGGCGGUGGAGGGCGGCGAGUCGGAUGAGCGUCCGGCGAAGAGGUCGGACGAGCCGCCCAUCUCGCUGGACUUGACCUUUCACCUGCUGCGAGAAGUCCUCGAGAUGGCCAAGGCUGAGCAACUGGCGCAGCAAGCGCACACCAAUCGCCAAAUAAUGGAGAAUAUCGGCAAAUAGUGGCGGAGGCUCUCUCUUUCUCUCUCUCUCUCGUCUGUUGUUGUUUCUUUGCUGUUUGUUGUUGUUGUUGUCGCGACUGCAGAGCGGGAAAGAGGCGCGCCUCGACCAAAUCGUUGAAAUUAAAUGGGAAAAAAUUUAGAACAAAAUUUUUAAUCAACUUGUCCCGGGGGGUUGCGCAAUAUUCCCGAGCGCGCUCUGGUAGUUGGACAGCCUCAAGAUAUUCCAUAUAGACCAUCGUUCAUUUCACGUGACCAUUCUGUGACUGCGGCUUGUACUAUAUAUACAUAUAACUUCGUGUGUGUGUGUGUCCGUGUGUGUGUGUGUGUCUCAGGGGUAGAGCGGUGGCGCAGUGGUUAGCGCACUGCAUUUCGAACCCCGGCCAUCUAAGUUCGAUUUCCCGGCCACGGAUAACAUCAGUGGCGAUUGAUAUCUGAACCGGUCCUAAGCCGCCCUCCCCUAGGCAGACUCAGCCUCAACCUGUGUGCAGUGUGUAAAGCAUCAGUUUGGGGAGACGAAGACGGCCAGGCGUGGUUCUGACUACACCACCACCACCACCCCCAACCCCUCGUGCGUCCUACUGGCCUUUCAUAGGUGUUCGCUAACAGCACUUGCCCCAGCAGUCUAAGAUGCUACUCGGGGGACCUUUGUCUAUGUGUGUGUGUGUGUCGGAGGAGGAGGAGGAUACCCGAAAUGUGGACUGAAUACGUGUUAAGUUUGGCCGUAAAUGAGCAUUGUACUUGUAAAGGCUAUUGUAUAAACGUCACAUGCGAA